CACGAACAGACACCUCGUCCAGAACACGGCGUCCGUCUCGGGUAUCCUGGACGUUAUGGGCUCCCGGCUGCAGGCGGUCAGCUGCCUCUCCUCGGGCGCUGAGUAUGGUAAACACGACCAGCACCUCCAUCAAGAGUCGGGACAUCCGGCCUCGUUCGGUGCGUGGACGGCGGACCUCCGCAGAUUCCUUUGGGCCGCCUUGGCGGAAGUGGCGCGGAGAAAAUGCAGCGCAGCGGCGGCAACGCCUUGUCUCCGUGGAGAGGGCACCGCUGCCUGGGCUCUCGCGUAAAGUCGAAAGCGGGCAACAAGGCCACACCCAACCCACGACCCUGCGCGACUUCAGACAACUGAAUGCCUCGCAGUCGAAAACCACGCCGAUAUACGAUUCCUCUCCUGUUUUGCGUGGCCCUGGCGCUUGGGCCUUACUGCCCACUUUUUCCUCGACGCGAGAGCUGGGGUGCCGCAAGCACAGUCCCCCGCCUGGGUCGGACGUGUCGAAGCUAAAGCUCGGCGAAGCAUGUCCCGCGCUGCAGCUAGUUUUCUUAUGUAAGACGCCUGUCCAAACCUCACAAUGGAGCCAUCGCGACCCUCACCCAAUGAUCAACCUCCAAAAGUCCUCAAGCCGCUCAUAUAGUACGAUUGCGUGCAUCGAUCUACCGCUCUAUCCGAUACUGCGGGCCUGAACAACUGACUGCAUUCCAGGAUUACCGACUGGCACCGCGACGUACCAAAUGUUCUCCUAAAUCUGCUAUAUUUCCUUGCUAUGUCGGUCCCGAUGUCCGUUCGGUUUUCUAUUCGGUGGCGCAACGCUAUUUCCUUUGUCUUGCUCCAAGAUGAGACAAAGCCAUCAGCUGCCGCCGCACCUCCUUUAUUUUCCCCUAGAGCUCCCCUGCUCCCUCCCGUCCACAUUCUCAUUCCUCUGCGGAGCUCUCGAUAAAGAACGCGGAACCCCGCGCGUCGUCCCACCUUCUCUCGCUAGGCUGUACAUCGCCCUUCCUCGGAGACACGAACCGGUUUUUGCGACCCUCCUGAGG